AUGUUGAAAGGUCUGCAGCACCCGAACAUUGUGCGUUUUUACGACUCAUGGGAGUCGCCCUCCAAAGGCCGCAAGUGCAUUGUGCUGGUCACAGAGCUCAUGACGUCAGGAACCCUAAAAACGUAUCUGAAGCGCUUCAAGGUGAUGAAGAUAAAGGUGUUGCGGAGCUGGUGCCGGCAAAUCCUGAAGGGCCUGCACUUCCUCCACACCAGGGCUCCACCCAUCAUUCACCGGGACCUUAAGUGCGACAACAUCUUCAUCACCGGCCCUACCGGCUCCGUUAAGAUCGGUGAUCUGGGCUUGGCCACCCUCAAGCGCUCUUCAUUCGCUAAGAGUGUCAUAGGUACCCCUGAGUUCAUGGCGCCUGAGAUGUACGAGGAAAAAUACGACGAGUCGGUGGAUGU